GUCUCCGUCCUCCCUCCGGAAGUCUCUCCCGCUCCCUCCUUUCUCCUCCUUUCCCCCGACAACAUGGCCGCGAAGUCGGACGGCGGCGGCGGCGGCCCGGCCGUGAGGCUGGAGAGCCCGGAGGGCGGCGGCGGGAGGCGGGCGGGAGUCGCCGUGCCCCCGACGCGGCGGUACCGGCUGCGGGACGGGUGCUGGGUGCUCUGCGCCCUCCUGGUGUGCUUCGCCGACGGCGCCUCGGACCUGUGGCUGGCGGCCCACUACUACGUGCGGGGGCAGCGGUGGUGGUUCGGGCUGACGCUGCUCUUCGUGCUGCUGCCCUCGCUCGUGGUGCAGCUGCUCAGCUUCAGGUGGUUCGUGUACGACUUCGCCGUCAGCACCAAGGACAGCGCCACCAGCACCAAGGACAGCGCCCGCGGGCCUCGCGGCUGCUGCCGCCUCUGCGUCUGGGUGCUGCAGGCCCUCAUCCACCUGCUGCAGCUGGGGCAGGUCUGGAGGUAUCUCCGCACGCUCUACCUGGGGCUGCAGAGCCGCUGGCAGGCUGAGCACCGCCGCCGCCACUUCUACUGGCGGAUGAUGUUCGAGAGCGCAGACAUCAGCAUGCUGCGGCUGCUGGAGACCUUCCUGAAGAGCGCACCCCAGCUUGUACUGCAGCUCAGCAUCAUGGUGCAGCAGAACAGCAUAGACCCGCUGCAGGGGCUCUCGGCCUCAGCCUCGCUGGUCUCCUUGGCAUGGAUGAUCGCCUCCUACCAGAAGGUGCUGCGGGACUCCCGGGAGGACAAGAUGCCAAUGUCCUACAAGGGGGCUGUGGUGCAGAUCCUGUGGCACCUCUUCACCAUCGCUGCCCGCGCCAUUGCCUUUGCCCUGUUUGCCUCUGUGUUCCAGCUCUACUUUGGCAUCUUCAUCGUCACCCACUGGUGCAUCAUGACCUUCUGGAUCAUCCAGGGUGAGACGGACUUCUGCAUGUCCAAGUGGGAGGAGAUCAUCUACAACAUGGUGGUGGGCAUCAUCUACAUCUUUUGCUGGUUCAACGUCAAGGAGGGACGCAGCCGCUACCGCAUGUGCAUCUACUACAUCAUCACACUGUCGGAAAAUGCCGCCCUCACCGUCCUCUGGUUCCUCUACUACAACCGCGAGACCACCUCCGACUUCAACGCCUUAAUCCUUGUCUGUGUGGUCAGCUCCAGCUUCGCCCUUGGCAUCUUCUUCAUGUUCAUCUACUACUGCCUCUUGCACCCCAACGGCCCCAUGUUUGGCCCCCAAGCCGGGGGCUGCAUUUUCCGGCAGCAGCCAGCCCCGGCGCCAGCAUCCCCCACGGAUGCCGUCACCAGCCCCCCACGCUCGCUGCCGCGGACUACAGGGGGGGAGCGGGACGGGGCGCCGGGGGAGCGGGACAGCUGCGUGCCCGUCUUCCAGGUGAGACCCUGCGCCCCGCCAGCACCAGCUGCCCGCGCUCCGCGGACAGAGGGGCCCGUCAUCCGCAUUGACCUGCCCAGGAAGAAGUACCCAGCCUGGGACGCCCAUUUCAUCGACCGUCGCCUGCGGAAAACCAUCCUGGCGCUGGAGUACGCAUCGCCCACCACUCCGCGCCUGCAGUACCGCACCGCCGGGGCCCCCCAGGAGGUGCUGGAGUACGAGACCACCGUGUAGGGUUAGGGGGCAUGGUGGGGCCCUCCUGGUGCCAUCCUGGCUGCCCCGUGUCUUUGCAGCCGUUUGCCUUUCCGAUGGGUUCGCCGGUGCUGCCGUGCUGCCACGCCGAGCACCCCGCGGGCGGGGGCCGGGGAGGUCUCUUGGUGCUAUGCCCCCCAUGCCGCCCUCCUGCAGCCGAAACCCCUGUCCCACCCCAUGGCGGCCACCCCUGCUCCCCCAGGGUUCGUCCUUGCCAAAAUACCUCACCGGUGCCUGAGCCCGAGGGGGUGGGAGCUGUGGCCCCGCGGCACGCGACUGGGUUGGCAGUGCAGGGUGAGGAUCAGGCCUCCCCCCAGGCUGGGGGCCGGUGGCCGUGAGGGGCUUGGGGCACAGUGGGGCAGAAUGUGCAGACACAGAUGCCGGGGCUGCCCCCGUGCCUGUGCCACGGCAGGGCCAUGGGACUGGAGCACGGCUGCACCAGGGUGGGUGUGUAGGUCCUGUCAUCGCAGGGAGCCAGGGCAAAGGACAGCCGGGGCCCAGACAGGUCCCCCGUGUCCCCCAUGCCCUGCAGCUCCAGCCUGGAGGAGCCCCUUCAUCUCCAUCUUUGGUCCCCCUGGUUUAGGACCAAGCCAUGCCCCCACACCAGGGGGUCCCCGCUGCCCUGUGGGGUGCAGACCCUGGUCCGGGAGCCCCUCGGGGGGUGGGCACAGACCCUGCUCCCCCUGGCCCAGCUCAGGCUGGGAUGGCUGCACCCCAUCAUCCCCUCCCUCCCCAUGGGAACCGCGUCAUCUCAUUGGGUUUGUUUUCACCUGAAUGGUGACGUUUUGUGUGACAUUUUCUACCUCCGCUACAUCCGGGGAGGGCAGGGCCUGGCUGGCGCCUCUGGGGGAGGGCAUGUGGGGCCACUGGUGUUCCUGGGGCUCCCCAAAGCGGGAAUCACCCCCUAUCUGUUCUACUCUCCCAGGUUUGGCAUCUCUUCCCACCUGGGACUGUUUCCAUCCAUAUCUCCAUUGACAUCAGCCCUGUCCAGCUCCCCGGUAUAAACCUGAGCAGGGAUCCUGUCUCCCCCCAUCUCCCUUCUAUCCCCACUCCCUGCCCAGAGGAGCAGGGCUGCCCCGGGCUCUGGGUUUGAAUGUGUCCCCUUCUCCUGCCCAGAUCUGUUGGCGUGCCCCAACCCAAAGGGCUGUGCUGAAUGUACCCUGUGCCCCCAGGGCCAAUCAUGACACAAGGGGGUGCGUGCGUCCGUGUGUGUGUAUAUGUGUGUGUGUGUGCAGGGGGCUGCAGGACUUGGGAGCCGCCGGACCCCAUGGCUGUGCACCACCCCAGCCCCUCAUCCCCCGCACCCAUGGCCCCUGUGCCUUCCCCGUGCCCCCUGCGCGGUCCCCGGGGUGCCAAGCCCUGCCCCAGGCUGGGGCAUGUCGGCAGCCUCACCGUCCCACCAGGCACCACGCAAGCAGCACACGAGGCACCGUGGGGAAGGCUGGUGUGGGGAGCUGUGUGCAGGAAUGGCUCUGCCUGCUGCCCUCCAGGGUGCGAUGCAGGCUGGUGUGGGUGCCCAGCGCUGUGGCACAGCCGAGGCGGGUGGCAACAUGGGGUUGGUGGCAUCGCGUUGGUUUUGUUUCCCAUUUCUCUGUAGCUGGAAGGCCGGGGUGACAGCAGGCUGGGGUGGGCCAUCACUGGGGUCACUGGUGCUAACUGGUGCUAAUUGGAAGCCUCGGAAAACCUUUCAGAGGAGGGUGUGGAGCGCGGCUGGGGCUGGACAGUGGGCCAGGCCCCCCAACCCUCCUCCACCAUCGUUAAUGGGCAGACCCCAGGGUGGGUGCUGAGCAUGCCAGGCAGCACUGGGUGCAGGGCGGCUCCAGGGGGUCUCUUUUCCUCAGGGAAGGUGGCGGGCAGCAACUGGGGGAGCUGGGCUGGGGUCACCCAUGUAGGCAUUGAGCAGCAUCGCAGCAGGUCCCGCAUGGUGCCCAGGUGACAGCAGCUCCUCCAGAAGCCACCAAGGAUGGAGACAAGCAGCAUGGGGACUCAGUGCUGGCACGGGGUGACUCCUCUGGGGUCUCCCAACCCCUUCCCAGUCCUCCAAGCACAGGGAGGAGCCUCUGGACAGGGCGAUCUGCAACCCCCAUGCCCUUCACCCCCAGGGUCUGCAUGGGGAUGCAGGACAGAGGGACACUUUUCUAUGCACUCAAGCCACGGUACCCUCAGCCCUGGGCUCUCCGGGUGGGGAUCUCGGCAGCGGGCACCGAGCCUCUGCCCGUGUGAUGCUGCUCUGCUCGGCGUGGGGUGCCCAGCUGCAUGGGGGCACAGGGCAGCGUAAGCCCCACUCCCAGCCCCGGGGCUUGGCCACCCUCCUGCCCAUCACCCAGAUGUACGGGAAGCCAAGCCCAACGCCCCAGUGCCAGCGGCAGCAUCGGGGCGGCAGCGCCAGUCCACCAGGACCAGGGCGAGGAGACAUGACCCAGGGCCCAACUGGGUGCUGUGGGAUGGGGGCAGCUUGGGGGGUGUUCGAGCCCCCACUGGGGCAGUGGGGGUCCCAGUCCCCGGGGGUCCCAGUGGGGUCAUCCUGGCUUCAGGGAGCAGGAAGAGUUUUGUGCUGGACCCGUUGGCUCCCGGUGGGUCUCUCUGGCCCCCCGCACUGGGACCUGGCAGCCGCUGUCACGUACUGUAAAUACUCUGUGUGCCACCCUCUUCUCUGGGACCCUCGGUGUGGGCGAGUGGGAGGCCGGGGUCUGUACCAAGACUUUUUGUAUACCACAAACUUUUUGUAUAUUUUUAAUUUU